UUGGGCUCUGCUUGUGGGUCAGGUUGUGGUAUCAGUAUCACUUUAAUUCCAGUUUAUAGCAUUGUGCAUUAUAAAAGGAUAAUGCCUUCUCAACAAAACACUCAGGAAAGGAGGAACACUGGAUGGUGAAUUGAAAGAACAGGUCUGUCCCUAACAAGUGACAGCUGGCCUAAUUUCAUUGAUUAGCUAAUUGAGAUCACAGGGGUAGCAGAGCAUUAUAUGAACAAGUGGGCUCCCAAACCAAGAUGUGUGUUUUGGAGAGGGUUUUGGAAAGGUGGUGAUUCUGCAUUUGUUUUCUUGUGGGGAUUAUUUUAGGAAGAAAGAUGGUUUUGUUUUCUUGUUUUGGUUUCAUUUUAAUGCUGUGUCUCUGGUAAACCUUUACUAUGAAGCCUUUGCUCUCUCUGAUGCUUCUGGCCCUGCUCCUGGUGUCCUGGGUGCAGGGACGGGCUGUUGGCAGGCGGGUUCCCGGAGUGUUGCCGAGGUCCCGCUGCAAUGCUGCUGGCUGUGAUUUUGCUGGUGCUGCCCUGGAGGCAUGUGGGUCCUCUUGGGAGUAUCAGAAGGUUAAACCAGGGUCAGAGUUUCCUUGGAUACUGGCAUAUGUGCCUAUAAGAAGCUGCUACGGAGUCCUGAAGGACAAGUAUGGGGAGUUUUCUCCUCCAAUGUACCAUAGUGAUUCCCCGAUAAACUUUUCAUGCAACUGGACAAUAUGGGCAGGCUCCAGAAAGCAUAUAAUAAUUUAUAUACAGGGCUUUAUCACUAAGGAGGGUUGCAACAAAAAUGAGGACAAAAUCCUGUUUGAAGGAGUUUCUUCACUGGUGGAAGACAGUGUGGUAUAUGCUUGCUGGAAAAAGGAGACACAUGUUUUUGCCACCUUUGCUGAAGCUGUCCAUGUUGUGUUGCUGAAGAGGUACUUGCCAAACUGCAGAGGCAUGCGAUUUAAAGGGAAGUACUACAUCUUCCAAGACCAGGAAGGUGACUCUUUUUCCAAACAUCAUGUGAUUUCUGAAACUUCUGCUCCAAAACUACCAAAGCAAGAUAGUAUUUUUCACACUGAAUGGGCUGAAAAAGUUAGAGAUGUGUUGGGCUUGGCAACCACACAUAGCACCACGAGCCUUGGCAAGACCACAGUGUUAAGCAGUGAGUUGAAGAAAGGAAGAGGGGUCACACUGGGUACUACAGCUGUGGGAAGUCCUGUUACACUUGUCCCGUGUGAACAUGCAAGGACACAGCUCCUGGAAACAAAAGCCGCUUCUGUGCUGGCGUCUGAGCUGCUGGGAGGUCUGAGGUGCUGCAAGGAAGCUCAAGACAGGGGAACACCUGGGGGUGUAAUCCCCAUUGCAGCACAGGAUAACUGUGGCCAGAGUCUCUCUGUGAGUGGGGACACCACUCUGGGUUUUGGUUAUACAUGUAGGCUUUCAAGUGUGCUUUUGGAAACUCCUUUACUUGGUACCUUGCAGGUCACAGAGUCUUUUUUACAGCCAGAAGGUGUGGGUCUGGAGAACAGGCAGUCCCUCCUGCACCCUACCCUGAGGCCAGAAGAUCUGGGAAAUCUCCAGUUUGUCAUUAAACCAACACGCACAAGUUUCCUGGACAUAGCUGCACACUUGCAGACUUUGUCCCCUGGCAGAAGAGAAAGCAAGGAGAGCACAGAUACUGCCACAUACCGAGGGCUCAGUACAGUCAGUUCAGAGAAGGAUGAAAGCCAUCCCCAGUUGAGUCUCCUGGCUGAUGGCACAGUGAGUGAUGAUGCUGAUGGCCUUGCAAAUGGCCUCAUGCCCAGCCUGAGUAGCCCAUAUGAAGUGGUAAGUGGGGGCUGCUCACAUCUGCUAUCUGAGAGAAACCAAAGAUGCCAAAGCAGUUUUGGGGAUUUGUCCACAAUUCAACCUGAGCUGGAAACAACUGGCCUCCAACAUACACAGCUCAUGGGUAUUUUGCCCCUGGAAAGUUUUGAGGGAGUUGAGAGGAAAACAGUGCUGCAUCCCACAACACUGUGGGACGUACUCCAAGAACAUUUCCAUUUGUGUGGCCAUAGCAGUCACAUCCUGCAAUCAGCCCAUGGGAGCCUUCCCCAAAAUGCUCAAGCACACAACUAUCCAGUUACUGAGAAAGCUUGUGCAUCUUUCUUGGGUGUAAAAAGCUGCUACCACCAAAGUGACAGAGAUGCACAGUGGGGCCUGGCUGCACCCCCUUUGCCAACAGGGAUGGAGAAUGCUCCCACACCCAUCUCUACCCUAGAGAUAGAAACAAUCCCUGUGCUGGUGAGCUCCUGCACAGAACCUGUCCCUGUGGACUUUGGCUCUACCAAUUUCACCCCCAAAGCACAACUUCUUCCAGAAGUGGAGCCUGUAUUCAGCAUUGUCUUCUCUCCACCAGCACCUUUGGAUUUGGACCCUGUCAGCCUCAGACAAAGAGCAGGUGUCUCAACAACUAGCCCAGGAGGACAGGAGAUGGUGCCCUCUUCCCCACCUUGCCAUCCACCAGUAGCUUCUGAACUAGGUAUGAGUGAGCCCACUGGAUGCCUUGGUCCUGGGUUGCAAAAGCUGGCGAUGGAGGAGGUGGGUGGCCAGCAAGGAGAAGCCUCAGCCAACAAGCCUCAGGGCUUGCUGGCUGGAGGUCCCUCCCCAGCUUCUGUCACUGGUCCAAAGCAUGGUAUGGGGCUUCCUCGGCUUAAAGACCAUGUGAGCAGUGGCUCUGGGGUGGCAACAGCUUCUGUACUUGGCACCUGGGGAGUGAGUAGAGAGGAGCAUGUGGCACCUGUAGAGCAUCAGGCCAUGGCUGCUAGUGACAAAACAGCUUUGCCCUUCAUUCUUGGGGGAUUUGAAAGGCAGAAAACUACAGAAGCUCUUCAAGUAGGUGCAGGAGAGAGGAGAAAUGACUCUUCAAGUGCUACAUCUGCACAUCCUGAUCCUCCUGUGGCCCGAGGGUCAGAAACAGUGUUGAAAGACCAAAAGUCUCAGGAGCCCCCUGAUGAUCCUUUAUCCAGAAACACCCACAUGCCAGAAGGACACCAACAGAAACAUGCUGAGCUAGGACGUCCCUGGAUGAUGGAGUACUUCCCCAUCAGGAGCUGCCACACUGUCUUUCAGGAUGCGUCUGGGAUGUUUUACCUGCCUUUGCAUGCUGACAUUAAAACCAACAUCUGGUGCAACUGGACCAUAUGUGCAGGCUCCCAGAAGCACAUUGUCAUCUAUGUCCAGGGCUUCCAGGGGAGCAAUGGCUGUGGCAACAACCAGGACAAGAUAAUCUUCCAGGGGGUCUCAUCGAGCGUAGAAACUAAAGUAGUGUAUGCCUGUCACAACCAAGGUACUCUGAUCUUUGCUACACAAGCUACUGCGGUCCAUGUAUUGUUUCUGUCAGGGAGUGGUUCCCUAAGCCAUGAAUAUGGACACUUUAAAGGACAGUAUUAUAUAUUUGAAGACUUUGAAACUGUGGGGUCUUCAAAUGCUACUGUAGCUCCUCAAGAGCAUGUCCAGGAGACAUCUAAAGAAGAGAGCUGGAGGACAGUAGUAACAAAAGGCUUAUUUCCCAUGCUGAGAGCCUCUCCAAGCCCAUCAGCUGUGCCUGCUGAUGGCAGGAUCCAUCUUGAGUUUGUAAGCCAAGAUGAAGAGGCUCAACAUGUUCAUGGUAUCAUGGAAGAUGCUCAGUCUGGUGCUAACAUGAGGAAGCUUAAUCUGUGCAGGCAUGAUCAGCUGCGGGAUGAAACUGAGCUGGAAAGCAUCCUUAAGGAUGGUAGCACUGAGGGGAGAGAAACCACAGAUGAUGUGUUGGUGGAGCUGGCUCCAGCUGGGCAAGAUGCUGGGUGUAAAGCUGAGCCAUCUGCCUUGGAGAUUGCAAAGGUGGACACAGAGCUGGUGUCUGCACCAGUCACGGUAGUCCUAUGUCACUCAGUAUGUGUCUCCUCCUCAGAGGUGCCCAGCAACAACAUAGGUCUCUCUGCCAAGUCAUCUAGCCUGGGUCUGGCCAGUGACGGUCUGUCAGCAGAGGUGGUCACUGCUGCUGCACAUAACACACAGAUGCCAGUGCUGGAAGAGCCACUGUUAAACAUGAGUGCAAAACCUUCUCCCUUUCCUUCUCCUGGUGUGACUGCUGGAGAUAUGGUGUCUACAGGAGAAAGCCAAGAAGAUCUCUUUGAUCUGGCUUCUGUCCUGGCAUCUCUGGAGAAUGAUAUGGCACUGCAAUCCCAGCACCAUCCUGGAGAUGUGCUGUUUGAAGUAACUAUUGAAAUCAAAGCCAAGGACUGGAUUCCACAUGGUGGAAGUGAGCUCCAAAAGGGUCUUCUUGAAUCCGUGAAGAAUCAUAUCCAAGAGAACCUGAAACUUUCUGCCAACAGAGUCAAUGAAAUGAAGUUAAAGGAAAUCAAGAGGACAAGUGAUGCCAACCUGCUGCUUACCUUCUGGCUGCACCUGAAGCCAGAGGAGAGAAACAUGUCUCUACUCCUGCAUUCCCAGCUGGAGGAGCUGCUUGGCACUUCGGUAGGAAUGAAGAAGCUGCAGCUUGUUUCACUGUUGGUUGAAGAUGUGAAUGAGUGCAGUGCUGGGGUCAGCCUCUGUGGAGAGGAGGCGGAGUGCUUCAACAGUGCGGGCACGUACCUCUGCCGCUGCAAAAAGGGCUACGAAGAUCACUCACCCACCAAGUCUGGCACCCUCUGCAUCCGCACUCCCCGAUCAGGGAUCAGCUUCUUCCUCCAACAUGCUGACAUCCUGGUGGGGGCAGCGAUUGUGUCUGGCCUGGCAAUGCUGGUGGCUGCUGGUGUCCUGUGCUGGCAGAGAUGGCACCCCAGGAGGAACCCAAGUCUUGAGGAGUCACCAGUGAGGGUUGUGGAGGAGCCGGUGAUGGAGCUGCAUGACCUAGGGGAAUGCCUGCGCCUUGACCCCUUCCAGCUGAAGCUCCGGGCCAGGCCACCUGAGUGGCUGUGGGGGGCUCGGGCCCAUCCCAGCCAGGUAUAGCGGGUCUUCCUGGGGCAGUACACCCAGCUCUGAGGGAGUCAUUGGAGCUCCCUCAAACCCUCUGUGGCCCUGGUGACCUGCACAGUUGAUCCUCCCUUCCCCAGCUGACACACACUACUGGCUGUGCAAACCCUUCUGGCAUGUUCUAUAGACCACAAGUAUGUCACGGUCUUCCUUGUCUCUAAUUUUUUGUUUUUAAAUGCUUACUCAGCUUGGAAAGCAAGGUGCUUGCUUUGUACUGCUGUAUACCUUCUCCUGACUUACUCCCUCAGUCCAUUGAAAUAAAAUACUUUUUAAAGGGGAAAAAAGGAAAUGUUUCGGUGCUUAAGAAAAAUAUAGAUUAUUUUUGCAUCUGUGCUUGAUGCUACAGAGCUCUACGUGAAGCCCUGACAUGACCUGGGGGGCUGUGGGUGGAACUUUUUGCAGCUUGGCUGAUAAACACCACCAAGGCCUGGCUUUGUUUUUGGGGACACUCCUGGCCAGGUUAUGGCAUGUGGAUCCCCUGCACUGAGCUAUGGUGACAGCAAUUUUAGUGCUUGCAUGAAUGUUGGUUAUUGAGGUGGUGGUUGCAAAAAGCAUUACCACCACCAGAAUUCUUCUGGCUGGCAGUAAAGCACAGUUGCCUCCCCAGCUGCAGGCAUGUAAAUUCUCUGUCUGUUUAGUAUAGGGCUUUUUCAGUUUAAAUAAACGUAUUUAUUUUUUUUUCCCUUUGGGAAGACAUGAAUAGUGUGGUGACAAAUGUCCCACUGGAGGGCACUGUCUGCCACUAAAAAGACAGCAUGGGCUGCUGUUAUGGAGCUGUGCCCCUGUGCUAGCCUGGGCAAGGGCUGCCACCUGUGGGGCACAGCUGCAGCUAUGGGUUCUUAAGUGAAUAAGGACCAGUUAGUGUGGGCCAUGGAUGGUCUCUUUGCACUUGUUGACUGGCUUUGGCCAAGAUGCACUGUGGAGAUGUGGGCUGAAUAAAGCAGUUUGCACACAUGUGCCCAGCUCAGCUUUUGCUCUCCAGGGUGAGCUUAGAAGUGGCUGGAAGAGGCCUUGCUGUGUUUCUCUGCAGGGAAGUAGAGAGCAUGCUGGCAAAGGAGGAAAAAGGGACCUUGGAGAUUUCCCUAGAGUAACUAUUU